CAUUAUCAAUAUGUCACCACCCAAUCAGAUUUCGACUUUCACUUAUAGAAAGUGAAUGCCGUGUCAACUUAACAAAACCCAACUAAAUUGCUUUUCGUCCAAGCAAAUUUUUAGUUAGGAGAAGAGGAAAUCUCAGGAACCGCCGACUUAAAAAACUUGGCCGAAGAUAGUUAUAUAAACGAGUCGAAACAGUUUCUUCUUCCUCAUCGCAGGCUUAGGGUUUUCUUCUCUAUAAAACCACAUAUCAUCUUAUCCCAGUCCGUGAUUUCUGGUUUAGCUUUUGCAGAGAAAACCCUUGCCUCAGCGAUCAAUCUAGAGAAUUUCAUCAGAAACUUCCUUGCCAACGGCUGUAGGAAACGUACUAAGACGGUGUCGUUUCUUCUCUGACUGUUGUCUGAUAAUGCUGUCAGCAAGGCCGCUAUCUUUAGGACUAACAAGGAGUUAGAGUUAGAGUUGACUAGUUCUUUCAAGGUUAUAGGUUUAGCGUUGUUAAUAUAUAGAAAUGGAACCCAGGAUCCUCAAGGUGUUGGAUAGUAGGUGUGAAGAUGGUUUCAGCAAGAAGAGGAAGCGUGCUUCAUAUGUUACUGGAGUAUCUUGCGGAAAGCUGCAAGAUGAGCUCCCACCAAACCCGCAGACCCAAGUUCCUGACAAAAGAAGGAAGUUGGAAGCUGAACACAAGGUUAGUGCUUAUGAGACUCGCUCUGGGAAGUCGCUGGUCAGAUACUACUCUUAUUUUAAGAAGACUGGGAUUGCAAAGCGUGUUAUGAUCUACGAGGAGGGCGAGUGGAGUGAUCUGCCUCAUCAUAUUAUCUGUGCCAUCCGAAAUGAGUUGGAUGAGAAGAGGGCAGCAAUUGAGUUUGAGUGGUGCGGUCAUCAUUUUCUUUUGGAUUUCUUGCAUAUGCAUAGGCUAGAGUUGGAAACAGGGGCAAAGACUCCACUUGCAUGGAUUGACAUUGGAGGCAAAUGUUUUUUCCCUGAAAUUUACGAGAGUGCUGAGAGAAACGAUUGCUGCAAUCUUAACUGCGUGGAGAAUUCGACACAGUGUGCUCCAAAUCAGAUCAAGUUGCACCUUGAGAUUGAUGUUAAUGGUGGGGAGUCACCUAGGUUGAAUCUGGAGGAGUGCAGUGAUGAAUCUGGUGACAGGAUGGGUGAUGUUCCAACAGAGGAUUGCUGCAGUCGCAAGAUUGAAGCGGCUGUUGUGAACUGGAAUGUGACGGAUGCUAUAGCUGUCUCUAAUAUCAAGCAUGCCGGAGCUGAAGGACUUGAUAAAGAUGCCGUAAAGAAAAUGUUUGCUAUAGGUACAUCAUCUCUAGGGCAUGUAGCCGUGCUGGAUGUGGGGCGUUUCUCCAGUGAGAUUGCUGAAGCUCGUCUAGGGCUUUUCCAAAAGCAGGUUGAGAUCACUAAGAAACAUCGAGGGGAUGCAAACGUUAGAUACGCAUGGCUUCCUGCAAAGAGGGAAGCUCUAUCUUCGGUUAUGAUGCAGGGACUUGGAGGAGCAUUUAUUAGAAAGUCCAUCUACGGUGUUGGAAUACAUCUAACUGCUGCAGACUGCCCUUACUUCAGUGCUAGGUACUGUGAUAUUGACGAAAAUGGAGUACGGUACAUGGUUUUAUGCCGUGUAAUAAUGGGAAACAUGGAGCUUCUUCGUGGUGAUAAAGCACAGUUCUUCUCUGGUGGAGAAGAAUAUGACAAUGGAGUUGAUGAUGUCGAGAAUCCGAAGAAUUAUAUUGUCUGGAACAUGAAUAUGAACACUCAUGUAUUCCCGGAAUAUGUUGUUAGGUUCAAGCUGUCUGAUCCCAUCAAUGCUGAAGGUAAUUUCGUUGCUAAGCAUGAUAACUCAGGUGUCACUUUGGAAGUAGGACCCAAGGAUCUUCCUCAGUUAGACUUAACCAGGCCUGAAGGAGGUCCAAGGAGUGCAAACAGUGUCCGUUCGAGCAUGACAAAACCCAAAUCUCCAUGGAUGCCUUUUCCUACUCUGUUUGCAGCAAUCUCACAUAAGGUUGCAGAGAAAGACAAGCCUUUCAUCAAUGCUGAUUACCAACAACUGAGGGAAAAAAGGAUGACGCGAGCAGAGUUUAUAAGGAAACUUCGGGGGUUUGUAGGAGAUGAUCUGCUUAGAUCAACCUUAACAGCUCUUGAAAACCAGGUGAUUCCUGGAAGCAUGAGAGACAAUGAAGGUGGAGGUGGGUUGUAAAGUUAAGUUGGAUGCUGAUACGAUGAUGACGAAUAUCAAAAGGAUACGAUGUUGACGAAUAUCCAAAGGAAGCUGCUCUAUUAGUGGUUCUCCUUUUAACUUUUAUUAUAUAUAUAAUGAAUCUUUUUGGUGUUCAGAAAAAAUGGUGUUAAAAGAAAAUAAUAUAAUGAAUCUUUAUCUAUGUUUAGUGACUUUUGGUUUCUGGGUUAUAGUUAAAUGUUCUGUCGUGAAAGAUCCUACUUAUUUAUUAAUAAUGAUGAUGUUUCACUUGA